AUGGGGAACUACCGCCGAAUGCUAGAUUCAAUGAGCAACGAAACCCUCCGCGAAGAGGAGGACCACAAGCGACCGGUUGAGAAGCCAAAGAGCAUGGAGGCGUUGGCAACCGACCUCGCGAAACCGAAGCAAUACUUACCAACCAAGGAUGCACAAGGAUUUGAGUUACAAUCAUUAACUUCCGACGAGAAAAGGUCUGAGUAUCUCGAAACGCAACGCAACAUCUCGGUUGAAGAGCAGAAUCAAUGGCCCCAGCAGCUAUUUACCCUCGAAUCGGCCGCGCUCGCGACCAGUGUCCCCAAUAAUCGGAGGCUUGGUCAACGUACUCAUGAAAUUCGAGAUAAAUGGACUUCUGAAGCUCGCCGAAAUUCACGGAAGUAA